GCCAGCCUGAGAUCUUUUCUUCAGGGCAAAUUUGCGCGCUGUGUGCACAGCUGUACUAAUGCGGCUCACCUAAACUUUAUCUCAGAAACGGACUUUCAAGAAAUAAACACAUACUGUACAUUUUCGCAAAAGUCAGUAGCUUCUGAUACUGAAAAUGGGAGACGACGCAGACACCCCUCCCGAGAGGGAAAUGAAGGAUUUUCAGUUUCGACAGAUGAAGAAAGUGCAAGUUUUUGAGGCUGUUGAAGAUAUGCCCAAAGACAGAUCCAGUCUACUUACUGUUUCAAACAAAUAUGGCUUGACAUUUGUUGGCCUUGGCCGAACAUUCAAAGUGUAUCUUACUCUAAAUAUUCUUGCUGCUGAUAAAGCUGACGGGAGCGCCUACGAAGUAGUCAAAGGUGUGCCAGCUCUGGUGGAAGUGACUGGAGACAUGUCUUUGCAUCACUUGGCUCUGAGUUGUGAUGAACUCACUUUGUCAGUUUGUGGGACCUCCGAGGAGACCGGUUUGUCCAUCGCAUUUUAUGAUGUCCGAACCUUCAUAAACAAGGCCAGACCACAGAAGUCACCAUUUGCGUCGUUGCAGCCAGCGGUGGCCUCUGAUGCUCUGGUUCAGGACCUGAAGUGGAACCCUGCUCAGCCUUCCAUGUUGGCUGCCUGCUUGUCGGAUGGCAGCAUGAUGAUUCUUGAGGUUACAGACGGUGUCAAGAUUCAGGCCCAACUACCUGCUAACAGUGGUGUCACCUGCCUUAGCUGGAGUCCGAAAGGAAAGCAGGUUGCUGUGGGAAAAAUGAAUGCCACCGUCAGCCAGUAUACACCAGCUCUGGAAGAGAAGAGAGUUAUCCCAUGUCCACCUUUCUACAAUUCUGAUGACCCAGUCAAAGCUCUGGAUGUGCUGUGGCUUAGAACACCUGUGUUUGCAGUGGCAUAUGCUUAUGCAGACGGGUGUCUUGAAACCCCUCCUGAGCUGGUGCUGAUCUCCCUCCCUAAAAAGGAUGAGAAAGUGGAGCCAAAGUAUUUGAACUUUGGUGAGAGUGUUUUUGGCAGCUGUACAGAGCGACAGCAUCACUACUUCCUCAGUCACAUAGAAGACUGGGAUCUUAUGUUGGCUGCGUCAGCGGCGUCGAUUGAGGUCAGCGUGAUUGCAAGACAAGAUGACAGGAUGUGGGAGGUUUGGCUCCUGGAAGAUGCUAGUAGAGCAGAACUUCCAGUGACUGAGACGAAUGACGACACCCUGCCUCUUGGCUUAGCUAUAGACUACACAAGCCAGCAGGAGAUCCAAAUCACUGACGAGAAGACUUUGCCUCCAGCUCCCACAAUGCUAAUGCUGUCCACAGAGGGAGUGCUCUGCCCAUUCGCUCUUCUCAAUCUGAAUCCUGGGGUUAAGCAGCUAGUCUCACCAUUUACUACCCUCACCUUGGAAGGAGAGAGGCAGCCAAAGCCAGGUUCCUCGGCAGCCCAACCAGCCAAAGCCGCUGCCUCGGCCGGAUCUGCUCCAGCAGCAUUCCCAAACAUCGCUCUUGCAUCCGUCUCUUCUGCUUCGUCUGCUCCUGCUGCAUCUUCCUCGGCUGUCCCGUUCAGUUUUGUUCCUACAGCUCCAGUGUCAUCCUCUUCAUCAGAGUUUACUUUUUCAGUUCCAACCACUCAUGCCACCACCACCACUGCCCCUCCUGCCUUCUCCCUCGGAGGAUCUGGACCUUUUAGCUCAGCAUCCUCGAACUUCUCUUUUGCUCCCAAACCUCCUUUUGAAACUCCCUCUGCUGCUUCAGCAUUUUCAUUCAGCACCCCUUCCAUGAAACCCGCAGUUCCUGUUCCAGCUCCAGCUCCAGUGUCAACACCUCAGAGCCUCCCUGCUGCCUCCCUUCCUUCUGUCAAAUUAAAUCUAAAUGACAGAUUUACAUCAGGGGAGACCCCAGCACCAGCUUUCUCCUUUAAUUCCACACUUCCCAAGGCUGCUGUCUCCUCUUCCAGUACAGCUAGCACCCUUUCACUCCCAGCCACGAAGCCUCCAGUUGUAUUGACCCCAGUGCGUCCAGUUCAGACAGGCACACCUCCCACAGCUGUCCAGAAACCAGCUCCUACUACACAAGGGCGUGCCCAACCUCCACAGACAACAGUUAGCAUGAAGACCCUGGAGAAGCAGCUGCAGCAGAAGAAAGAAUCUGAUCCCAUUAUGACUGGCAUUUUGGAGGAGAUUGCACACUUCCAGAAGGAGUUAGACGACCUGAAGUCGCGCAGCACGAAAGCCGACUUUAAGGUCGGUACUAACGACGAGAUGAAGGAUCUGAGAAAAGAAUCUGAAGACCUUCACAUCUUCACCCUGGAAAUAAAGGAAACCACUGAGUCUCUCCAUGGGGACAUUGGGACGCUGAAAACCACUUUAAUUGAAGGCUUUGCCGGGGCAGAGGAAGCCAAAACGCAGAGCGAGUUGAGCAAAGAUAAAAAUUACAGACAGCUUCUGUACAAAAAGUCUCUAGAUCCACGCAGCGAAGAACAGCUCAAGGAAAUUCGCAGACUUUACCAGUAUGUCACAUCUGCUGUGGAAGACGUUAACGACGUCUUAGACGUGGAAUGGGAAAAACACCUGGAGAAGAAGAAGAAGCAGAAACACAUGGUUGUUCCUGGACGGGAGGGUCUGUUCACUACACUGUCCAACAACAUUUACAUCAUCAACCAGCAAAAGAACCGACUGGACCAGCUGGUUCAGGAGCUCUCAUCACUGCGCCUUUACAGUAAAAAUGCUGCUCCUUCCAUUAGCCAGAACAUUGCAACUGGAUCUACAGCUGCUGGUUUUGAAAAUGAGCUUGAGAGUUUAAAGGAUGCAUUCCUGAAAGCCAGGGUGGAUGUUACUCCACCAAAAGUCAAAGCCAAAUCUUCAGCAGUCAAGAUUUCACCAAUUAAACAGUCCCAACUUCGCAAUUUCCUCUCAAAGGGACAGAUGCCUCCUGUACGCUCAACUGCACCAGCCAACUUGUCUCGUUCAGCGUUCCUUUCCCCGAAAUACUAUGAGGACCUGGACGAUGCAAGCUCAACGUCCUCGCUGUCCCAGUCCUUGGAGCCUCACCCGUCUCACUUGGACCAGGAAGAGGAAGAACUACAACCACUGCAGCCCCCAGCUGUGACAUCGUUAUCGACCCCCCGCCACCCAACAGUUGUAAGGACCCCGUCUAUCCAACCAGGCUUUGGAGGCAUUCAGUCCACCCCGCUACCAAAGAUUCACUCGGCACCAUCUUUGGGUUUUGGACUGAGCCCAAUUCCCAGUCCUGUUCCAACCAAUAAAAUCAAUCUCAGUGGGGCUGACAGCACUGCUCUUGCCACAAAGACAGUAAAACAUGGCGCUCCUCCGACAGAGAGAACUGUCCCAGUCACCAUGUCUGCCCAGCAGGCUGCAGCCAAUGCAGCCAUGCGCAGACAAAUGGCCAAUCAGAAGACAGGUCCUGUUAGCAGUUCCUUGACAGAGUCCACCUUAAAGACGGUUCCUCAGGUGGUCAAUGUUCAGGAGCUCAAGGAGAAAGGGCUGCCUGUUCAGGUUUCUUCCAUCAUCAGCUCUUCGGUGCCAGAUCUCACAAAUCAGGCUUUUGCCAACCAAGUCAAGCGAACUACCACCCCAGGGGUUCAGAAGAUUUCAAAUGAAAGUGCAUACGGUCUUCAGCCAGGCUUUGUUUUUGGUCAGUCAUCCAAAACGGAUGCUUCUGAUGUUCCUACUAGUUCUGUGGAGCCAAGCAUCAGCAAACCAUUUUCCUUCACACCAGGGUCAGCAGGGUUCCCUUUCCCUUCUGUUUCCCAAGGAGCUGGAAUGACUCAAGCAGUUAAAGAUGUCAGUAAAUUCUCCUUUGGUGGAAAUGGCAAGAUGGUAUUCGGUCAGACUGCAGAAGAGCCGUUCUCUCUAACCCCAAAGUCUGCGGCCUCUGGUAUUGGCACUGGGUCUCCCACGCUGUCCUUAAGCACAUCAGGUGAAGCGGCCAAACAAAACUCCCUCUCCACAGCCUUCAGGACGGAGCCACAACCACCGAAGACCACUGGAGGAGAAACUCUCGGCUGUUUUUCUGGACUACGCGUUGGCCCAGGAGAAGAAGUCAAGGAUACUGUAACAAAGCCAGCUGCUGCAUUUACCUUUGGGGAACCUGGACUUGGCAGUGGCAAGGGAGUACAAUCAUUCAGCUUUGCGUCAGGUUUCCAAAAGCCAGCUGAAGAUUCUGGAACUACCGAUUUGUCUAAGGGUGCUUCAUCAAGCAGUUUGUUCAAGCCUCCUGAAACAAACUCCAAGCAAGCUUUCUCUCUUCCCCCAUCUAGCGCCACACCUUCAACCUUGCCCACGUCUUUAAGUAUCCUUCUUGCAAGUUCGUCAGAGGAACCAAAAGCUCCUUUGCAGCUCUCAGAACCUACACCACCCCCUGAAAAAGAACCAAGCACCACUGAACCAGCUGGGGAAAAAGCCAAUCAGUCCGUGGCCGCAGAACCUGGAGUGGAUUCCUCAUCCACUGCAACUUCCACACCUGCACUUCCUGCGCUGACAACUGCCACUACCCAAGACCUUCCUUCUGCCAAUGUUGCACCAGCUGAAGUAAAUCCUCCUCCACCAUCCAUCGUGCCUUUCUCAACCGAAGCCACCCCAGAUCCCUCGUUCACUUCUUCUGUUUCCACUUCUGCUGCUCCCACCAUGGCGCCGAUCUCCCAGGGAGCCCCGCCAGCAUUCCAGGUUCCCAUUUCCGAAAAACCAGGUUCCAUUUUUACACAGCCUGCUCCUGCGCCAGCUGCUACUCCUGUCCCUGCUCCUGCUCCAGCUCCUGCGACGACAGACAGCAGCUCUAUUGGGGUCACACCAGUUAUCAACACAGCUGCUCCCGCAGCCACAACUGCCACCCUUACAACCGUUACCCCUGCACCAACCACCACUGCCAACACUGUUUUUGGGCAGCCAGCUGUACCUCCUGCUUCCUCAGCCCCCUCAGCAACAGGAUUUGGCUCGACUGGGUUUAGUGCUUCAACUGGGGCAGGUUUUAACAAAUCCGUGUUUGGGCAGAGUAGCUUCGGCCAACCUGCUAGCAGCGCCGGGUCAUCUAGCGGUUUUUCUUUUAUACAGUCGGCAUUUGGCCCAAGCUCUAGCAGUACAACAACUGGGGGAACGAGUCUUUUUGGAGCUUCAACUGCUGGCGAUGCAAGUUCGUUCUCCUUCGGCAGUGGAAGCACCAACACGGCCAGCAGCACCGGGUCAGGGCUGUUCGGACAAAGCACAACUCCUGCGUUUGGUCAGAGCACUGGGUUUGGGCAGCCAUCAGGCUUUGGCAGCAACACCACCACAUCCUCAUCUUCAGGAUUCAGUUUUGGUCAACCCUCAGGAUUUGGUUGCUCUGCUGCCAACCCCGUAUUUGGCCAACAGCCUGCAACUGGAAGUGUAUUUGGACAAUCGUCAUCUGGGGGCAGUUUGUUCGGUUCAGCUUCAGCCAAUGCAGCAGGUUCAUCUUCUGGAGGAUUCUUCAGCGGCCUCGGGGGCAAACCGAGCGAGGAUGCCGCCAACAAGAACCCAUUCGGCUCCACUGCUUCAACUGGAGGGUUUGGGCAACCCGCUCAGUCUGGUUCCAACAAUCUCUUUGGGAAUAGUGCUGCAAAGGCCUUUGGGUUUGGCCAGUCCUCUGCCUUUGGGGACCAGAAACCCAGUGGGACUUUCAGCACUAGUGGAGGGAGUGUCGCUUCACAGGGGUUUGGCUCUUUUUCGUCACCAACAAAACCUGGGGGCUUUGGCAGCCCUCCAGUGUUUGGGAGUCCCCCAUCUUUUGGUGGUUCCCCAGCAUUUGGUAGUACAGCAUCUUUUGGCACAAGCCCCUCCUUCAGCAAUCCCAUGAAUCCCUCGACUGGUAAAGUGUUUGGAGAGGGAACGGCCGCUGCAAACAUGGGAGGAUUUGGGUUCUCUUCAGCUCCCAGUGCCCCUUCGUUUGGUGCUCUGGCCAAUCAGCCUCCUUCUUCGUUCGGGACCUUGGCCCAGCAGGGCUCUGCAUUUGGAAGUCAGCCUGGCAGCUUCUCAGGCUUUGGACAGCAGCCACAGACUGGAGGAUUCCCAGGAAACGCGUUCGGGUCUGCCAGCCAGUCAAGUUCCCAAACUUUUUCUAGCUGGCGAAGCUAGUGUUCAUGAUGUCUUCAAGAGAAACUGACCAAUGCUUGGUUCUGUCUGCAAUCAAGCUUUUGGAAACACACAAUGCGGGGAAAAAGGGAAACUAACUUUGUUAAAGGAGCAAAUAAAGUGAAGCAAAUCAUGCAUUUCUUCAGAUUAAAAUAAACCUUUAUCUUAUAGAAUACCGUUAUCUACAUGUUCUACAUUUCAACACAAUACAUACUUUGUGAGCUCAGUUUGUCCUUUACCUGCAACCGUUUGUACGAGCAAAAGAAAUUAUAUAUUUUACAAAAGCAUUCAGGUGAACAAGUCAAAUUUUAGUUAUAAUGUUGAUGUAUUUUAAGAGUCAGCCCACAACACUUUGUGAAACCAUUGAUGGGUCUGUUUAAAUUACAAAACAAAAUUUGAAAUACAUGUUUGUUUUUUUAAAUUAAAAUAAGAAACAAGGGUGUCUGUUUUUGUGAAAAAAUAAAAAUCUAUGUAUUUUUCUUUUUACAUGGAAAUAAAAACGUAUUCUUUUUCUGAAUUUGAUUUUUCUCUUAAUUUUUUUUUUUUUUUUUUACAUUACAGAUGCAAUUUUUUGCUGAUACUUAAAGCUCGAUUCUGGUAAAUUAAUAGGAUUUUCAUAGAUGGGCUUUUGUGUUUAUAGUUUUGAACUUCUGUAGACUGAAAGCUUUAAUAUGCAGGAACCCUUCAUUUACAUCCUACCACAAACAAAAGUAUUAUUCUGACGCUGCAGAUCCAGAGUGUUAAAUGUUCCAUCAGGGAUUUCUCAUUCAGGAAGAAACUAAUUUAAGGUUUUUCAAAGCACUGCCCAAUUCUAGAUUGGUGUUGUAGAAUUACAAUGUUUUAACACGAGCUGGGAUUGAUAAUUGCAGGUGCCUCCAAACCUUAUGACAAGAGGACUAAGAUAAGCCAAUAAUGCACUGUGCCUUAAUGUAUUGCCACAGCAGCAAGCUCUGGGCCUCCUUCAGACGGUUUGGUAAUUAAUGCUAAAUCCUUGUUUAUAUGCAGCUCAUUCCUCCUCCUUCACCGAGGAGCACAUCCACUCCUAUACAGAGCUGCACUCUGCCGUGGUACCACUCUGUGGGGGCGGGGGGCGUGCGGUCUGUGGGCUGACAUUGUGGCAUGUAGCCUCUGGCAGCAGAUUUCUAUGACUUGUGGAUCGUGUCAGUGUCACUUCGUCAGCCCUUAUCUUCUGUCUUUGGCCAGAACAUGUGGCAGAGCUCCUAAGUAGCUCUGAAAGAGGCCUGAGAAAUGUCAGGGUCGCAGUAUGUGACCUCUAACAGAGACCCGCUAAAACUGUAAAGUCCACAUCGGAGUUUCAGUGUAUAUAUAAAUGGGACCUUGAGGCCGGUGUUAGUGUUGUUGACUGGAACGGAGCAGGUUUCUUCAGCAUCAGGUUACCCAAACCGUGAUGUUUGUUCAGCAGCACUUAUUUAUUCCGCGUUCUGGUUAAGGAAUUACAGACCGGACACGUUGACAGAUUACAGCGCCGCACAGGCAGUUGCACAGCCCCAAACUUUGUAAUGCUUUCAGCUAAAGCGGAUGAGCUUAUGAGAUUCCCAGCGCCCACGCCACAACGGGUCCCCCAUGACGGCGUUAAAAACAGAGUCCCUUUUGCUGUAUGGCGCCCUACUUCGCAUCUGACAGAAGUAUGCAAAUGUAAUUGCACCCCGUCUCUGUCUCUUUGUUCCCCGUGAUUACAAAGUGCUCAGGAGGUUGGCAGCUGUCUUCAUGGAAUCCAGAUAAAAAUAGAUUUGUCCAAACCAAACACCCACCCAUCCGCCCCUCCCCAAACUGCACCCUGGUUCUGUCCCACCUCCGCUGUGAAGUGAUUAGCAGUUCUUCGCUGCCUCGCUUUGCUGACAUACUCAUCAUCUCUUCAUGCGUGGCUGCACUUCACGCCGCUGGCAUCUUUGGUGCCAUGAGGCAUUUCCAUGAACAUUUCUCUGGUGAAUGUUAGCAGUUGUGGUCAGUCAGGCGUCUCCUUUACUGUACAUGUACCAACCACUCUGGUCUUCUCACAGCAAUAUGAGCUGGUUUUUUUCUUCUUUUUAUUUACAGCAUCGUUGAACAUGGGUUUCAGCUGAGCAGAGGCUUCCGUGGGUAAUUUUGUGCGCACCGAUGAUCUAAUAAUCCUCUAACAAAUAAGCCCAGCAGUGCUUUGCUGAGACAACGUCUACAGUAGUGAGUAGGUGCUGAGAAGUUAGUGAAGAGCUCCUCUUUUUUUCAUGAAAUAAUCUAAAGAAAUGUCGUGUCAUUGUAUUUAUCCUCAUUCUGAGCCAUUUGCAACAAUUUGCUUUGGUUCCUUUGAUCAUUUUUGCUUCCGCGGUAUGCAUCCAAAUCCAUGUGUACAAUGCUGGGGAGAGUUUCCAGCGACUCAUCUGAGCUGAUUUUGAGGGAGUUGAAUGAAAAACAUGCUACUGUUUUUCAUUCAACUGAGAAACAGAGAAAAUCCGCACAAUAUAAUGCAGGUUUUCUCUAAUCCACACACAAGGUUUGUAUGCAGUAUGUGAAAUUUGAUUUCAGUACUUUCCAGGUUUGGAAAUUGAUUUUAUUAUCCAUAUUUUAAUUCUUGUCCUUUAGUCCAAAAGCUGUUUUCUUUCCUUUCCUUCCUCCCUUAUUUCCAUCGUUCUCUCAAAAUUUUCCAGGUUCCAUUUUAUAAAGCCUGACCAGAAAUAAAUCGAUUGUGAACUUUAGUGAUUUUAUCUUAAGAUGAGCUUUAAUUUCUUCAUCUUUGUAUUGCUGGAGUAAGUAGAUAUGUCACUGUGAAGAUGGGACAAAAAUCCAGAAAAAGUUUAUUAAAUCUGCAUUUGAUUCUUGGGUUUCAACAAUUUUGUGAUUAAAUUAGUCUAAUUCAAACAAGAUUCAAUUGUUUCUGGAGAUAUUUAUGUUUUUGGUAUACAUUUGUCUUAAAACAAGUGAGAAAAUUAUACGAUUUUCCUACAAUCUCUUCCUGUUUUACAGAUUAGAACUAUAUGGAGCCUAUAGUUAGCAAGGUUUUACGUCUCACGCUCAGUGAAUUGUGGGACUUUUCUACAUUUUCUUUUCCUGUUAAAAUACCGACUGUAGCCGCGCUCAUUCUGAGGUAACACUUUAUUCGACGGGUUGUGAAUAAGGUUGUGACAACUUGACAUUGACCAAGAAAUCAUCAUCUGACAUAGAUUUGUUCUAAAAGUAUUACUGAUUAAACUUUUAAAAUUAUGCAGCUUUAUGUUAUUAAACAGUCAUAAAUGUUCAUGAAGACUUACUCAUGUUCAUGACAGGUGUCAUGUUCAUGACGGUGUCAUUACAGUUUUAUUCACAACCCGUCAAAUAAAAUGGCUGAAAUGGCUGAAAGAGGAGCUUUGAGCUUUGAGGAGCACAAAUGAUAACGUCCUUAACCUCACAGCUUUUAAUUACACUACCUGCCUCAGCUGCUUUUCUUCGCUCACUUUCUCUCUGCCUUUAACUUGCUCGGGGAUUAGGCAGGUUACUUAUCUUGAUACUUCAAAGGAGCUUUACACUAAAAGCUUUUAAUUUCAGUCAAACUCUGACUAUUCAAAGCAAAGGGCUCACACAAAGUACUCUUACCUUUGCAGGGAAAGCUGUUUACUUGUAACCCAACAAGAACGAAAAAAACAGGCGCAUGCUACAGCAAUUUAAGCAUUUGGAUUCUUAGCGUGAGAAUGGAUUACCGAGAAUGGGCUUAAAGUCUUAUCUAUUAGGCAUGGUCAUGGAUGUCGGGCAUUACCACAGAUGUCAGGGCGAAAGGAUUUCAGUAUCGUCAGAGCUGCGGUCAGAAAGGUCAAAGAAGUGCUAAUCAGAAUGGAAGAUAUCUGACUUUACUUCCCCCCAACCCCCCGGAUUUAAAUUUAGACACUGUCGUCCCUGACGACGGUAGCUUUAACAUUUUGCAACACAGGGGCUGUUGAGUUCAUUAUUUAAGCAAGCAGUCUCUUGAGAACAUUUUUGGUUUCAGCUUUUCACCCUGUCAAUAUGUAGAGUAGGUAAUGAUGCAAUCUGCUGAAUCAAAGACUUUCCCCCUCCUUUACCAAACAAGCAUCUUCCAAAUCAAUGCAAAUUAAACACUGCAGAUUGUCACCAGAUGUGUUCUGGCUGCAAAGUUUGUGAACGUAAAUCAGAUAAAUCAAUAUCCAGCUAUAGAUUCUGUGUUUUACUCUUUGCUUUACGUGAUGAAGAAAAAAAAAAAAUCCGGAUUCCACUGCAGUCCAUCAAUUGAGCAACAUAAGUAAUAUUUAAUUGUGUAAAAUCACACGCAGGAUGUAUGAAUAUGUGAUAAACUGACAUAAAAUUGAUCUCCUGCGUUCAUUUUCCGCAUCUGUCUUUGUUAUCCAUAACGUUGCGUAACUUAAGCUAAAAAUGCAAGUUACCGUCAAGUUAAAGGACCCUUUUGGCUUUAUUUCAUUACUGGGAGUUAAAGUUUUCAAACUCACGCAAGUUAAUUAUGAACUAGACUCAGACGAGAGUUUAACUCUCACACAAGGCCGAGUUUAUAAUUGCACCAAGUAUCUUGAUGCUUUCCCCUCAGGAGCUGCUUGCGAUGUCUGAGUUUAUUACAAAAAGCCUUGGCAGCGUGUGGGAAGUGUGGGCUCCAACUCCAUCACCUGCUGUAAUUACACUGAUGGCAGCCAAAGGUUGCCUCCGAGUCGUCCUGCCUCGGCUUGUGGGAUGUUCAUCGCUUAAUAGCUAUCAUUAAUUUAAAUGGAAUAUCACAUUAUGCUGUGUACGCUAAUCAACCAUUGUCCUACGAGCUUCGGCCUGAAGGCCCAGAUGUACGUGUCGCUCAAACGUCAUCCUCUUAUGUAACCGCGGGGACAGCGGCGGCUCUGCGCUUAAGAGUGAUUUAUCUGCUUUGUUGCGGCGUUUAAUUUCAAUAAAUAUUACGUAACGUUGUCUGGAUGGCACCUACGAGCGCGGAACAGCGUCGCGGCCUUUGAGGGUAUUAGAAAGUUUCUCAUUUGACUGGCAGAGGACUGCCCCAGGGUUUCAUCUCACUAAUAAAACGCCGUUCUGCCAUAUUGAACAGCUGUCUGGAAAUGCAGCCUUGGGACUCCUGUUUCGGUUAGGAGACUCAUGGCAACCUUCUAUCAGUUUAAUAAAAACUUUAUAGAUUUAAUUGUGCUUUGGCCAUUAUUCUGCGAUAAAUACUAAAACGUGGAUAGUCUAAAUGUAUCAUAAACCUUUGGACCCUGGGGCUCACAUCUGCCAUGACAUCCAAUUACUCAUGGAGGGAUUUGAUCUCCACCUGUUCAUGACGCCCUCCACUAAAAACUCAGAGUGUUUUUGGUAACACUUACAUCAUGAGGAUGCCAGUAUGCCCCUGAAUGUAAACCUUUAACUGUUUCUCCCUUUACUUGCAGUGCCUUGUCAAACUAUUCACAUACUUAACCAAAUCAAAUCUGACAAACUUAAUCAAGUUCAACUUUCAGUAAACUAAAUGAUGACUUUAGACAAAACAUUUUUUUUAAAUCUUCUUAUCUAUAGGAAUGUUAUGAUGAGGAAGUCCAGUCUCCAAUUUCCUCAUCAUCAAAUAGCUCAACCUUUUGUUUCAUCAAAUGACAAUCAUCCAAAGACUUCACUCCUAAAACGUGGUCUAAAGCACAUCCAGGUGCCCUCUGUCAAACUCCCAGCAGACUGUCUUGUCCUUUAAAUCAGGCUGAAUAAGAUUCAGCUGCUAUAAUUUUACUCUUACACUGGGGUCAUUCUCAGGUUGAUUACCUGUCCAUCUAACAUCCUUCAUUCCUCAUGAUUGACUUGAGCUUGUUCUGAUUCCAACUCACUUUACAUUAUAGAAAGCAUUAAAUUUGGCUUAUUUAUUUAUUUAUUUACUUCAACAGAAAAUCUAAAUCUGAUUUCUUUCUUUCUUCACUUUGAAUGAAAUUUCUAUAACUGUUUAAAUAUUUAUGCCUUUGUCAGCGCUGGGCUCAGUUUGCAGGUUACUAACAACUAAGUUUAGAAUUUACACCAGCGUGAAACAAAAACACAGCAUGGAAAUUCAAUGUCCCAAAAAUGGAUUGUCUUACUUUGCUUAACAGGUAAUAUCACACAGAGGAAUCAGGUUUUCCUGACACUUUCUGUAGUACAGUACAAUUUAGUUAAAUAGAUACUUUGGUUAUUAUUUGGAAGAACAAAUAGGGACAGGUGGAGGUUUGCAGGGAGCUGCAGCCAUGAUGUAAAUAUAGUUGUGAAUGUGCCGUUCAGGAAUGUGACCAGGAUAGCAGAGGCCGCAUGCUUGGAGCUGACUGGGGUCAAGUAAACUUUCCAUGCAAAGGAGUGUCAGUACUCACCUCUGGCUUUUUCAUUCAUCAAAAGACUUUGAACUCAUCACCAAAAAAAACAACAACAAAAAAAAAAACCCAGAAAUUCCUGCAAAAACAUGCAAAAAGCUAAUUAAGGAACAAUGCUAUUCCAAUAAUAUAUGGA